AUGGCUCAGUCUGAGUUUACCUUACCACACAAAAUUAACAAACUUGCCAGCCUUGUUCCUGACUUGGUUGUUUAUCAGGAGAUAGAGAAGCCUGUCCCUCGUACAGAAGAGAUUUAUGGAGUACUACUGUUUGCUGACAUUUCAGGAUUCACAGCCCUAACUGAAAGAUACAGUAAAAUCAGUAAGAAGAACUAUGGGGCCAAUCAGCUAAGCAGAACUCUGAAUGAGUGCAUGACAGAGAUUGUGAAGCAUAUACUCAUAGCGGGAGGAGAUAUUCUCAAAUUUGCAGGAGAUGCAUUGCUAGCUCUCUGGAAAAUUGACAGAAAUGAUGUCAAGGAAGUUAUCUCGCUUGUGGUGGAAUGCAGUUUCAAUAUUCAGAAGCAGUACAUUUCUUGGGAAACAGAUAUAGGCAUUGAUCUACAAGUGAAAAUAGGUAUUUCUGCCGGGAAGAUCCAAAAGAUGAUUUUAGGAAAUGACGAGUCUGAACAUUACGCUGUUCUGGGCCUGGCCAUUGAUGGGAUUCGAAAAGCAGAGGGCUUGGCUACGGCUGGCGAUACUGUGUUGUCCACCAAUGCAUGGGAGCUGUGUGAUAAGACUGCUUAUUCCUUUAAGCCAAUAAAAGAUGAACGAUUUUUCAAGGUCCGGUACAUUAAGAGGCCUACAACUUUUGCUGUCGAGAAAUAUUUGGCAUCAGUCGGAUGUCACUUAGAAUAUGAAUCUGGAGCCAAAUGUUCAUUAAGGAAAGCGACAAAGUUAAAACCAAAUCAGCAGCUUGAAGAAGCUCUAGCAAAAUAUCUUCCACGAACGGUCUUAAAAAAGAUCGAGAAUGGUGAACCCUUGGAAUUUUUGUCAGAAGUUCGGCCAAUUACAACUAUGUUUGUUAAUCUACAGUUUAAGAAAUAUGUACCUCAAAACAGUCAGUGCGAGUGUUUGCAAUAUGCUCUACAGUACAUCAAUGAAGCUAUCAAGAAAUAUCGUGGCAGGAUUAAUAAAGUUCUCAUGUUUGACAAAGGCUGUACAUUUUUAUGUGUAUUUGGCCUUCCUGGAGAUAAGCGGGAGGAUGGAUGUGCUAAAGCCUUGCACUGCGCACUUAAAGUUCAGAAGUUUUGUACAGAUGACCUGACCAGGGUUGAAACUGCAUCUGUUGGUGUUACCCAUGGUCCAGCAUUUUGUGGUAUCAUUGGGCAUCCACUGAGAAAGGAGUACACAGUUAUUGGUGCAAAAGUUAAUCUAUCAGCUCGCCUGAUGAUGGCCUACCCCGGAAUGGUGUCAUGUGAUCAGGAUGUUUAUCAUUACUCCAAACUACCACCUUAUUUUUUUAGUAAACUUGAACCAAAGCCUUUGAAGGGUAUAGAAAAUCCUGGGCCGAUGUAUCAGUUUCUGGGGAGGAAGCACCUAUGGAUGAUUGGCAUGACUGAAUUUUCUGAUCCAAGGAGGGAAGAAUUUCCUAUUAUAGGUCGAGAGAAGGAGCUAAGUAUGUUUGAACAACUUUUGAGAGAACAGAGACGUGAUUUGUACCAUGUACUACUGUAUGAGGGUGUCACGGGCUAUGGCAAAACCAAACUGUUGGGAGAAAUUUGUUUCAGAGCCAAGGAGAAAGGCUUCAGAUCAGUCAUUCUGGAGUUAGCAAAAAUUGAUAGUAAGCAACCCUACUAUGCUAUCCGGUCUAUGAUUGUAAUGCUAUUACAGACAGAGAGCUGCAAAAACUAUGAUGAAAGAAAAGAAGUCAUUAUGAGCAAGAUAUCUACAUCCAAGAUUGAGAAAUACCUAUGUCUCCUAAAUUAUUUUCUGCGCGUUGAGUUCUCGGUAUCAGAGGAAAUUUCACAUAUGGAUUUCACCCAACAAAUGGAAAUGUUUAAGGAUCUCCUAAUUGAAAUAGUAAAUCAGGUGUUAGAGAAGGAGAAUUUAAUUUUUAUUAUUGACAAUGUGCACUUCAUCGAUAAAGAGUCAAUGGACAUCAUAAUAAGAAUUACCAACCAAACACCUGCCUUGUUUGUUAUGGCAUUGCAACCACUUACGCUUGAAACUCCACUCUAUGAAAAAGUUCAAAGUAUAAAAUCUUCAAAAACAUUAUAUAUGAAACUUGAGGAGCUGGACUCAUCUGCUGUUAAACAACUAGCCUGCAGUUUUCUUGGUGUUGUUCAAAUUCCAAAGCCACUAGAGAUCAUUUUAAAUACACAAUGCAGAGGGACACCAUUUUUCUGUAUUGAACUAUUAAAAUGUCUGUGUUAUAGCAACCUCCUUCGUUUUGAAGAAAUAGAGGAUGACAACGAUCUUGACAUGGAUUCUGUCAUUAAUAUCUCACAACUUAGUGAAGUGUGGCAGAAUAAAAAGUUAAAAAGGACUGCUCAAACCUUUGAGGACUUUAUAAAUGCAAGGAUUUCUAAAAAGUGCAUUGAUACUGAAGAUGAAAAGAAAACUCAUUAUAAAUGCUUAGCAAGUGAAAACGUGGAUUUACAAAAUAUUGCAGUUCCUCUGGCAAUCAAAGAUACACCACUGUCACAGCUUGAUAGUCUGAAUCUAGCUGAGCAAAUGGUAGUCAAAUGUGCUGCGAUAAUUGGCAGCACAUUCUUAGUUAAACUGCUGCGCUCCAUUCUACCAGAUGGCACUGUUCCAAGAUUAGAGACGACACUGAGGUCUCUGGUAGAAAAAAGAGUAUUCUGCUGUGCGUCACUUGUCAGGGACAGGUGGAACCCAUUUUUGUUACAAUCACAAAGUUCCUACACCACAGACUGUGCCUGCUCUUCACAGAGUCACAAAAACAUAGCAGAUGGAUUUAAAGCUAAAGAUGAUGACAUUAUUCAGAGGAGAAGUGACACUGAGCUGCAGUGCCGAAUGUUGGCAUUUUCCAUGCCAUUUGUACAAGAAACAGCCUAUGAGCUAUGGUUAGCUGAACCAAGAAGGGAGCUUCACAAGAAAUGCAUUACAUUUCUGCAGAAUGAUGCCCACAGGUGCAGUGCUUGUGGGGGUGGAACUUUUAUCUUUGCCCACAAGUUGGCUGCUGGAGUUUCAAAUGGGAAUGAUUCUGAAACACACGAUGAGCAUCACUUACACCACAAAGAAGAAUCAGGGCCAGCAAAUGCCCUAGAAACUAAAGAUCAUUGUGAAGUGAUGGAAGAGAAUGUUUCCACCCAAAAAGCUACUACCAAAACGUGUCGGAAGUUUCCAUUCCCAUUAUCAGGUAUAGUCAAACAGAAAUCAAGAAAUCAAGUAAGCCCUACUUCACAGAUCAGUAAGGACACUGAAUUGCUUAAGAAACUGGACAAGGUAAUUGAGCACUAUGUUGAAGACACAUCACAAAAAGUCUGUAAAUGUGCCAAAAUAGUGGAAUCGGUUACAGCUCCGCUUGCCAACCAUUUUGUGAAAGCUGGGAAUCUUGCCAUGGCUUUGCACUACCUGACUGAAUCUGCUGCUGGUGCGGUCUCUUUCUCCAACUAUAAUAUUGCACUGCCAUAUUUACUGCAAGCAAAAAGUAUCCUUAAAUGGGCUAAAGGAAGUACGAAGCAUGAACACGAGUUUACAAUCACAAGAGUGAAAAUAAGUAGGUUUGAGAAAGCCUGCGUAUGGAGCUUACUCGGGGAGGUCUACUAUCAUAUGGGUGACAUCAAACAAUCUAAAAUUUGUUUAAAGAAGGCCUUGAAGAUUUUAAACAGUCCUUUCCCAAGCAACAUCAUGGGGAUGUCAGUGAAACAUGUGUUUGAAAAGAUAAAGCAUGUUUUUAACAAUAACCGUUACAAGAAGCAGUCAGAAGAAUCAAGUGUUGAAGCAAAAGGUCAUCUUUACCUUCGUAUGUCUUGCCUGUCAUUUCUGUGGAAGAUAUACGCCUUGAAAUCAAACGCGCGAAAUGUAUGUGAAGCUGCACAUCUAGCAGCAACGACGGAAGUGAACUCGGCGGAAUGUACUGGCAGCCAUUUAAAGAAAAUUCAGGCAUACACUGAUUACUUCCUCUGCAGCCAGAUUUUGGGAAAGAUAGAUGAGUACAAAAAGUAUAAGGACCUUGCUGUGCAGAAAUGUCUAGCGAUUCCGCAGAGUAAAGAAGCGCUAUCAGUUAUUGCCUAUCUGGCUGAAGCAAUUUCUACUGUCAAUUUUUUCUUUGGUGAACUUACAGAAUCAAUUGAAUUUGGAUAUCGAGCACUGAAAGUUGCUAAUCUCCAAAACAAAUCAAGUCAACACAUCGGUUUUAUUCCAGUGUUAGCAAAAGCAUUGUUUCUUACUAAUAGAUAUGCAGAAUGUGUCUCUGCGCUGAACUACUUAGGAGAAAUCGCCAAUAAACACUGUGAUACCUUAGCGAAAGGCUGGCACUAUGCAGCAUGUUUAGAUAUACUGCUCCUAGGAGGUUUUGCUCCAAAACCUUUUGAAGAAUGUCUGGAUUUUUUCAUCAAGUUCCGAACAGACCGUGUUCUAAUGACUGAAAAUAGGCUGAUGUUAAGUGUGUAUUCGUCAAUUGCACUAUGGUUUGCAAGAAUGAAAGAAUGGGAUUUGUUUCUUCCUGCGUACAGAAAGGCUAAGUUGCUGGUGGAUACCAGCCAUGCCUGUUUUUAUUCUAUGAAUGGCUACACCAAAAUAUUUGAGUGUGAAGCUCUACUUCUUCAUAAAGCUUUUUGUGACGACAGCGCUGAAAUUGGCAGCUUGUAUAAGAAAACUAGGAAGCUUUGUAAAGACUUAAUGAACAGAUGCAUCACGUGCCCUGCAUCGUAUGCAAGGUUGUGCCACUUGCAAGCAUAUAUUUACCUAAUGUUUGGUAAGCGAGAUAAGGGACGUGAUCUUCUGCAAAAGGCGCUUGAUUCAUGUAACAAAAAUGGAAAUAAGGUAGAGGAGUGCUGGAUUAAGCUAAGCCAAAAAACAAAUCCUUCAUAA